AUGGACAAUACCACCUGGACCAGUGUAUCCCACUUUGUUCUCUUGGGCAUUUCUACCCACCAGGAAGAGCAGAUCCCACUCUUCCUGCUUUUUCUACUCAUGUAUGCCAUCAACGUCUCUGGCAACUUGGCCAUCAUCACACUGAUUGUCUCUACUCCACGCCUCCAAACCCCCAUGUACAUCUUCCUCAGCAACUUGGCCUUGGCUGACAUCUGCUCCACCUCCACCACGGUCCCCAAGAUGCUGCACAACAUUCUCUCUCCUACAAAGGCCAUUUCCUUCACAGGCUGCUUGGCUCAGACUUAUUUCUUCAUUUGCUUUGCAGCCAUGGAAAACUUCCUCCUGGCUGCGAUGGCCUAUGACAGAUACAUCGCAAUCUGCCACCCUUUCCGCUACCCUAUGAUUCUGAGCAGAAGGCUGUGUGCACAGAUGGUGGCCCUGUGCCACAUCCUCUCCCACCUUCAUGCCCUGCUGCACACCCUUCUCAUGGGUCGGCUGAUAUUCUGUGCAGACAACAUGAUCCCUCAUUUCUUCUGUGACCUAUACCCUCUGAUGAAGAUCUCCUGCUCCAGCACCCACCUCAACACCUUGAUGAUUCACACAGAGGGGGUCAUUGUCAUCAAUGGAGCUCUGGCCUUCAUCAUUGCCUCCUAUGCCUGCAUCAUCUCAGUGGUCCUCCAGAGCCCCUCAGCCAAGGGCAGGUGGAGAGCCUUUUCCACCUGUGGCUCCCACCUCACUGUGGUGGCUAUAUUCUAUGGUACCCUCACCUGGGUCUACUUCCGGCCCCCUCCCAGCUACUCAGUGGCCAGUGGUAGCAUCCUGACAGUCAUGUACACGGUGGUGACCCCCAUGCUGAACCCCUUCAUUUAUAGCCUGAGGAACGGGGAUGUCAAGGGAGCCUUGAGAAAAUGGAUGAGCAGACUACGUACUUCCUUAUUUAGAUAA